AUGGCAAUUGCCCAGAGUCCACAAGCUCCGUUUAACCGGGAUGACCCUGAGCAGAUAGCUCUCUUCGCUGUCAAUACCGAGACCGAGGUGAGCGCGUUCGGGGAGGCCGGCGAGGGCGACUACCUGGACGACUGGACGGUGGUGUGCAGCGGGACCUACUGGGCGCGGGACGGCGAGGUGCGCUUCCAGCACGCCUCCACCGACGUCUUCCUCUCGGUGACGGGGGAGCAGUACGGGCGGCCCAUCCACGGGCAGAAGGAGGUGCACGGCAUGGCCGCCUCCAGCCAGAAUAACUACUGGAAGGUGAUGGAGGGCAUCUUCAUGCAGCCCAGCGAGGUCUUCAAAGCGGAGCAGUACCACGCUGAGUUGUGACGGACAGACAGACUGCCGCUGAGCCUCUGGGCGCUGCCCGGUCGGGGCAGCUCGGCCCGGGGGACGGCCCCUGUCCCCACCCGGGUCUGACACACGCCGGGACGCAGAGCCCCAAAUCUAACGUGGAGCAGAUCCCAAAGUCCUGAAUUUGGUGUGGAGUGGAUCCCGGUGUCCCAAAUCCCAACGUCCAGACCUGACCCAAAGCAGAGCCCAAGAUCCAGCGUGUAGCAGGUCCCAACGUCCUAAAUCCAGCCCAAAGCAGAUCCUAAUGUCCAGGCCUGACCCAAAGCAGAUCCCCCACGUCUGAGGUCCAGCACGAAGCGGGUCCCCACCCCCCCCAAAUCCAGC